CUUCCCCCUCCCCUCUCCUCCCCUCCCCUGGCCAGGCAACACAGGAAAGCAAUAGGCCAGGGGCUAGUCUGAGCUAGUCUUAUCUGGAAUUGGGAAGACAGAGGCUUGAGUUGCUCUGUGUGCUCAAACCAAAGCUAUGGGUUUGGGACAGAACACUCUGGAAACCUAAUGGGGGUGCAAGAUCUGUUGGACUGUUAAUACUAUGAGCUCUUCCAUCUUCUACUCAGGUUGUCUAUACAGUAAUACUUCAGUUAAUGAAUCCUCCAGGAAUGAAGCUCUUUUCAAGGAAAGCUUUUUUUUAAGGACUGGGGAGGGAAGGAUCCAAUAAGAUUCAGAGAAGGAGAAGGAGUGGGAGUGGGUGGAUGCUGAGUAGGCAUCCUUUAAAGCCCUUGUUGAAGCUGCCGCCACCAUCUAUGAGAGAAUGUCUUCCAAGGUGAAGCCUGCUGCAAUGUACACGUGCAUCAACUAAGAACAAGAAAAAAUGUGAUCAUGCAAUAAACAGACAAGAAAGACGACUAACAACAAAGUCAGUUCAACAACUUUGGGUGCAGGCUUGUCAAUACUAAAACUUAGAGCUUGGCAGCUGUGAUGUUCCUAUAUUAAUGUAUAUAUGAAUGACAUGUGAGACACAAUCUCAGCACUCUAAAUUGCCCAAAGGUGUGGGAGAUUCAACAAAGGUAUCCAAGAUUGAUUUCAAGAAAGUUGACCAUCUUGACAUUACAGUACUUUGUUCCAUAUGUCAACAAAAGGUACACAUUAGCCAACUUUUUUAUCAUAAAAAAGUUCAUCAGGCUCAAGCUGUACUGGAUUAUCAGUGGCCAUGGGUGGAACCAAUAGAUAUAAACAAAAUAGCUGUUCAGAGAAAGCAACUAAUUUUAAGAAUGAGAAGGACUAUUAAGUACAUUGAACGAAAGAAAGAAAAGAUUGGUUAUUCAUUUGAGCUCCUUAAGGAAAGCCUGAAGAUUGCUCCCUAUUUUUGCAUCAACAGUAUUGCUCAAAGUUCUGUGCAUGCUAAAGAAAUAACCAAUCCAUUGAUAAAAGCCAUUGCAAUUUGUCAAGACAAAAAUGCUGUUUGGCAUACAAGCUUGGAAGAUGUAUUUGUUGUAUUAGACAAUUAUGGAAAUAGGGCAGGAACAUGCUUUCUUGGACUCUUUGAUGGAAGUAAUGGGAUUUCAGCUGCAGAGACAACUUCAGCUGAACUUCCCCUUUUACUACUCGAUCAUCUUUCUCGUGGAGAUCCCUCCUACCAAAUGAGUGAAGCUGGAAAAAAAGUGCUUGAUUCAUUUUGCACCAUCUUUAGGGCAGAUUAUAGAGCAAGGGAGGACAUUUUCACUGAUAAGGGUGGCAAAAACAAGAAAUCUUGGCCAAGUGAGUGUGAAUGGAUUCACAGAGCACAUGCCAUGUCUUUUUGGCGAAUGGACAGGCUUUUACGACUUGGAAGAAAUGAAGUUUCCAGAGUUUGCUGGAGUAGUUGUACAGCUGCUACCUGUUUAGUAGAAAAGAUAAGCCAGAAAAAGCAAAACCCACAGUAUCAAGAAAAGAAGAAAACACUUGAAAAGAUAAUUGAUAAAGAAGAGGAAAACAUUCUGCAAGAGGAUGAGCUGCCUGAAAGGAUAAACAGAGCAAAGAAAAGAAGUGACACAGAACAAGGGGCAGCUCUGCGUAUAGGUUAUAAAGAAACAGGCAGUGUCAUGGAACGGCCACCAGAGGAGCCGCUUGAAAGAACAAAUGACAAACAGGAAAACAGCACGGCAGAGCCAGAAAACAAUGAGCAGACUGCAAAUAAUAAAGAUGACAUUCAGGAGGAUCUGCUUCAAGACACAGAACAGCAGCAAGGACGGCCACUCGAAAGAGCAAAUGAUCACAUCAUAGAGCCAGGAGACGAUGAGCAGAUAAUUGCAGAUAAUAUAGAUGGGAGCCAGGAAGAAGGUCUGCUUGAAAACACAGAACAGCAGCAAGGAGAGCCACUCCAAAGAGCAAAUGAUGGCAUCAGAGAGCCAGGAGACAAUGAGCAGAUAAUUGCAGAUAAUAUAGAUGGGAGCCAGGAAGAAGGUCUGCUUGAAAACACAGAACAGCAGCAAGGAGAGCCACUCCAAAGAGCAAAUGAUGGCAUCAGAGAGCCAGGAGACAAUGAGCAGAUAAUUGCAGACAACAUAGACUGGAUCCAGAAAGAGGGACAGCUUGACAAAGAUAGUUCUGUGCGGGCAGAAGAAAAUAUUGGACUAAUGCAUAUUGCUAAUAUUGGUAACGUCCAUGCUGUUUUAUGCAAAAAUGGGAAAAGCUAUUGGCUUACUAAAGAACACAGCACUUACUGUAGAGAAGAAAGAAUGCGUGUUAUUCAGAAUGGUGGAUGUAUCAGCAGUAAUGAGCCCAAAGGACUGAUAGAAGGACUUAUCAAAAGUACUCGUGGCCUUGGCCACCAUGGAAAUCCAAACUUGAAAAAUACCGUUAUUCCUGUACCACAUACAAUCUCCCUUCCUGUUGAUGAUUCAUGUCAAUUUCUUAUUUUAGCUUCUAAUGGACUCUGGGAAGUUCUGGAUAAAAGUGAAGUAGUACGAUUAACAUUAAUUAUGUUUUCUGCUUAUUUGCAAAAGUAUCAACAUGCCCAGCUGAAGAAAAGCUGCAUGUCCAAAUGUUCAAAGUUACCUUUGGGCAAUUUGGAAGAUGAAUUCUAUUCAUGGUAUUUAAAUCUAGAACUUUUUACAGAGACAGACUUAAACAAUUUAAGGUCCUCAAGAAAUAGUGGCAUAAAAGAGGAAGAGAUAAUUCAGUCAGGCUCAUCAGAGGAAGAAUCAGAAAGCUCUUUAGAAGUUCCUGGAUCAUGGGAGUUUAGUGACGAUACAUCUUAUGAAGACAGAGAAACUCCCCCACUAGGAUCUCCCACCCAAGAAGAUCAAAAGAAAAGUCAAGUGUGUGAGAAAAAUGCAGAAGAAACUGUACCUGGAAGUCCUGAAUCUUCACAAACAUCAGACUAUUCAGAAAUGAAUUCUAGGACAUUUUAUACCCUUGCAGCUAAGUAUAUUAGUAAGCACCUUGUAAAAGCGGCACUAAAAGCAGGUUCUAGAGAUAAUAUUACUGUUUUGGUAGCACUCUUAAAUGGAUGUGAUAAAAUACCCACUUAUAUUUAGCAUGAAUAGUGUCCUUCUGAAGGUAGAAAACUGCUGCUACAGUGAAUCCAUUUUAUGAUAAAAGAUAAAAGAAACUGUGUCAUAAUAAACAAAAAUUAACACUAUGUUAAAAAA